UGUGCCGACCAGGUAAUUUCGAGGGCCAGUCUCUCUUCUGCUGUCUUGACACUUGCGUCUUAUCGUUCUUUUCAGAUGGCAUAUUGGAAAUGUGUAUUUGCUUUGAUUUUCAUUAAAUACCAGCAAUGCACUAGUUUUCCGCAAGAACCGACAAUAAGUAUUUUAAAUACCAUUCCUCACCAUGAAAAACUGCAGGAGCUGAUUAAGAUACUAGAAGGAUGCGGUCUGAAAGAUGUGCAAAGUCUUAAAAGAUCUUACCUAAAGAAAGGUAAUGCAACUUGCAACGAUGGGUCUCCGGCAGGGUAUUAUUUCCGCAAGUCGCAUGGUAGUAAAAGAUGGAUCGUCUUUCUCGAAGGAGGAUGGUACUGUUAUGAUUCUACUAGUUGCCAUACUCGCUGGUCUCGUAUGAAACACCUCAUGUCUUCAAAACAUUGGGCUGAUGUUAGGAAUGUUGGUGGUUUACUUUCUCCAAAUCCAGAAGACAACCCAUUUUGGUGGAACGCAAAUCAUGUGUAAUUUCAUUCCAUACUGUACAAGUGAUGCUUGGAGCGGACGAAGGCAAACUCCUUUGUUAGUUAAAGAUGGAACUCAGUUUACGUUCAUGGGAGCCAUAAUUGUUGAACAGGUCAUCAGAGAGUUGCUACAACUGGGGCUAGGCAAUGCUUCAUCUCUUAUCUUGGCUGGAAGCAGUGCUGGAGGAGCUGGCGUCAUGCUUAAUCUCGAAUCAGUGCAGCUACAGCUACAAUCAUAUCCCAACAUCCUCGUCCGAGGGAUAUCGGAUUCUGGCUGGUUUUUAGACAGGACACCCUACCCAUCACACGAGGAUCCGAUGGCAUCUGUCGAAACGAUUAAGAAAGGAAUGAUCAUGUGGCAAGGCCAAAUACCUCACAGCUGUAAGAAGCAUUACAUAAGUGAAUCAUGGAGGUGCUUUUUUGGAUAUAGGCUUUAUCCGAUGCUAAAAGCUCCACUUUUUGUCUUCCAGUGGCUGUUUGAUGAAGCUCAAAUGACUGCUGAUAACGUAGGAGCUCCUGUGACUAAGCAGCAAUGGGAUUAUAUCCAUAAGAUGGGAGACAGAAAGAAAGGCAAAUUGCACAAAGGUGAUACACUUCGAUCUUCAAGACAGGUCGAGAAAGGUUGCAACAGAAAACUUGUUGAAAGAUGCUCAUGGCCGCAGUGUAACCUUUCAUGCCCUAAACUUCAUAAUCCAUUUACAGGACUUUGUAGUUUCAACCAACCAGAUUUCCCUCCAGUGUAUCUGACAUUAUCCCCACUUUACAGAGAAGCGACUCAUAGCACCAAGUUGAUAGACCGCGAGGUGCAGAUUCAAUGGGUCAACAAUUCUGUUGAUAGUAUUUCCCUCUACAAUGCUGAUCCCAAGCAUAAAUCAGAACCAGAAUUCAAAACUCUGAUGUAUCCUGAUGGUUUUGUCUCAACAAACAUUCCAUUUGGAGAUCCUCAAUUUCCUGGUGGAUGGGAAAAGGAAUUUAGGGAUUUACCAGUUCCUGGCGACCACUGCCUACCUCUUUGGGUCCUUGCUUACAAAGAUAAAAACCUAGUCUUCAGACGCACUUUAUUCUCUGCCGGAUCGCAUCCUAGCCCUCCUGGUCCGCCUUAUCCAUCCAGAUUGCCAUCUAGCUCUCCUGGUCUGCCGCACCCGUCCAUUCCUCACCUACCUUCUUCAUAUGCCCCAUUUUUACAUGGCUCGUCAAUAUUGCGUGGCGGAGUCCUGCCAAGAGUGAAGCUUUCUUUAGAAAACCUAGAGUUGACUUCUCUAUUUAUUCCUGGAACACACAAUUCAGGAAGCUAUCGUCGAGCGGAAACUACAGGACAGAGAGAUUCAUCUGGAAGGUAUAUAAUCACACAAGAUCAGAACCUCUGGCAGCAGUUGGUGUAUGGAGUGCGGUACCUUGAUUUGAGGAUCGGUUACUACUCUCAGAGGAAAAAUGGCUCUGAAACAUCAGAAGACGACAGCAGUUUUUGGAUUAACCACGACUUAAUAAAAAUUAGACAGUUGUUACCACUCCUUGAUGAUUUAAAGCAGUUUAUGAAAAAGACCAAAGAAGAAAUCGUCAUUCUGGAUCUGCACCGAUUUCCGCUGGGCUUCACAGGGCGCCCAUUCAGGCAUCAGCAUCUUGUAAAACUUCUCGAGCGGGAAUUGAAGGAAUAUGCUGUACCAUUCAAGAAAGACUACAUCCCUACUCUUGGAUCUAUCUGGGACCAGGGGAAGAGGAUCAUUAUAUCUUACGGGGACAACAUUGUUGCGCAAGAAUUUGACUGGCUGUGGCCACCAAUCAGGCAGCUGUGGGGCAACAAGCAGACGACUGAAGGACUCCGAGACUAUCUGGAUAAGUGCAUGACCAACGACAGCUUGCGAGAUCCAGGGAGAGGGCUGUGGGCUGCCAUGGCACAGCUCACCCCAGGACCACUCGAUCUGCUCUUCAACCCCAAGGGCAGCCUCCGGAUCAUGGCCAGCCAGAUCAACAGUAACCUCACUGAGUGGUGCAGGGAUCGCUGGUGGGACAAGGCUAACAUCUUGGCAAUGGACUUCUUCCUCGGCACUGAUGCCAUCACCACAGCCAUCCUAAGCAAUGUCUUCAAAGGAAGCACUGCCAAACACUAUGUUACAAACUGAUAUAUCGGAUACUUAAAUUUUCAAAGUUAUUCAAUCAUCAAUUUAUUGUUUAAAAAUGUAUGACCUCUUUUAACCCUAGUCGUGGAACAUUAAACUAAUGGUACUUAUAUAGAAUAUGACCAGUAAUAUGGCUGGCCACAUGAUCACACUGCAGAUGGAAUUCGGAACAUUCCAAGUGUACCUUGGCGUCCACCCAAAAGUAAAUGACCUACAUACACACCUUUCUAAUAAUCCAAUUUAUAAUAAUAAUAAUAACAAUAAUAAUAAAAGUCUUAACGAACCAGAAGGUUUGAUGACGACACCACCAAUCGCUUAUUUCACACCUCCCUCCACCAUUCGCCGUCAAAACCCAGUCCCUUUAGAUUUAAUACAAUCUUUCCACCUUUGAUUCAGUGUUUUUUUCACCCUCCCAUGCCACCAGGGCAACACGGGUGUAUGGAGUAGUGUGAUGUUAAGCAUUAACACAUAAUAACACACUCUGCCAUAAUAUCGGUUUACAAAAUUCUAAGCUGUGCACACCAUACGCUGUCGAAGGCGGAGGAUAUGUCGAAAAGGAGCAACAUGACAUACCGCUCUGCCCUCUCCUCAACAUCUCUGCGCACUCUCAGCAGGGCAUCUGGUUGAUCCAUAUUGCCGUGCAUAUAAUCGCUCUAGCGAAAACAGGUCGUAAACUACUCAUCACGAGGUUCUCCAGGACCUUGCUAAUCACAGGGAGGAGACAUAUAGGUCUAUAUGAAUUAGGGAGUUGUUUGUCCCUAUCUCCUCCCUUGUAGAGUAGUCUCAAAGAUCCUUCGCUUCAGUCUACCCCUCGGAUGUUUACCAUUCGGUACAGCAAAUAUUAACCUUUUAGGAAUUCUUUUGUUGCUAAGCCCAACAAUUUUACAAGCCCAUUUGAUUCGCCACAAUGUAAUCACCUCAAUUAUAUUAACUGGAUACAAUUCACACAGUUUGGCGUUGUAACUGUCUGAACUCUCUGGUUAACUCAUCCUUCUUCGGUUCGAAUAUUCUAUACAAUACUUUAUUUUCAAAAACCUUAAGAUAUUGCUCAUCCCUUAAUGUAACUAACUGUAGGUAGGAUAAUGGUUUUAUCCUACCUAUAGUUCAUUAUGGAUGCAAAACAUGGCUGAUUACAUUAAUAAAAUGAUUAGUGAUUAAUCCAAUUUAACUAUAACAUUUAUGUUAUAUUGAAUGUCAAAUAUCAAAAUAGUUUGAUGAAAAUGAACAGCAACUAAUACAAUUGAUAAGGUAAGGAACAAUCCUUAUAAAUGAUCAGUCAGCUGAUCUCUAAUAUUUUUAUAGUUUCUAAUGAUGACAAAAAUGAUAUUUUAUUUAGUUUUUUUAUUAUCAAUAGAGAAAAAUAUUUUUGAAGCAGGAAUUAAAAUUUAUUUGCGAAGUUCAUGUAUCAUUUUACUUUUAUCAUUAAACUUUUCUUAUUACUACUAAUACUUCUUCUUCCUCUUCGAUCUUCCAGAAAUGGUCACGUCUGGUGUUAAAAUAAAGAAAUUAGUGCUUCUCCUGAGGUCCUCCAGCGUCCCGUAGGGUAUGGUUUCAAGCGAUUUCGCCCAAAUCUUCUUUCUAGCUUCAUUAAGAAGAACAAAACUCUGAAAAACAUGUUGAACUGUUAGCUCUCGGAAACCACUCUUACACAAGGGACUAUUUCCAAUUCUGGAUUUUUUUAUGAAGGUGAGCAUUCAGUCUGUUGUAGUUGGUCCUGAGUGACUUGCUCUUUUCUGUUUAGUUUGUGAUAGUGAUCUUGAGGGUCGCUGUGAAGAUGUUCUGUGCACCAUCUUUAUCUUAUCGCAGCUUUGUUUAUUAUUUUCACCUCAUCCAGUAAGUCAGGGAUCUCCUGCCGUUGAAAAGAUCCAGUCUUUGUCAAUUUGUCUGUUUUCUCAUUAUGACUGAUACUACAGUGUGCAGUAAUCCAUUGCAAAACCAAUUUUUUCCUUAUGUGGUUUAGCUUCUCAAAUUUUUUAAAUUUGUUAUUAAUUACUUGUAUUUAUUUUUCUUGUAUGUAUAUAUUGUAUGAAGGCUUACCUUUAUCACUAAUACUUAUUGCCCCUAGGUGAGGCAGAUUGUGCUACUCAAUAACUACAAUAAAAUAAAAAAUAAUUAGACUUUAAAAAUAGAUAAUGGAACAUUUUAGAUAUUUGGUAAUGAUCAACCUUAACAGUAAAAGGGUUUGUCUAUCUCUUUAGCGAGUAUAAUGAGCGGAAGUCCGACUAUCCGACGAUUGUUGUUUAGUGCAAUGGUGAGCAAGCGGCUGAAUGAAACAUAAAUAGUAAUUACCUUUGAUAUAUUUAAUGAUAAGUGAUCUACACAUGUAGAGCACUCUAUGCCAAUUGUAAAUGUACUCCUCAACAUUCUCCCUAUGAUUCUUUAAAUAAUAUUUAAAUUAAAAACGAUCAAAUCCAAAGGGAAAAUUUUUUAUAAGAAUGGUG